CAUCCACCAAUAUUAUUGUGAAUAGAAGAAAAGAUAGGGAAAUUAGGAAGGGUUAAAUGAGAGGAGGUUGGUGAAGUAGAAAGGGAGUAGGGACAUGGCACUUAUAAUGUAAUGUGAAGGAGUCGUGAGUUGUUUUUGUUAAUUAAGAAUUGUUGGAGACCACUCACACACACUCUCACGAACCUUCAAUAAUGGGAGGAGAGAGCGCUCAGAAAUCCACCCGAGAGGUGUCAGCGAUGAUAAAACAAGGUUUCAUACCCGACACGACCCUCUCUUUCUCACCUUCUAGAACCUUCUCUCCGCCACCUUCCACCACUCGCCCGACUCACACUCACACGCAAACCCUCUUCGACAUGAUGUCCGAGGACAACAAAUUCUCCGACCACAAGCGCCGCCAAAUGCACGAUCGCCUCGCCGGGCUGCUCGCCGAGCCCGCCCUGCGCGGCGGCGACGUCAGGGUCGCGGUGGUCGGAAGGGACGGCCUGAGGGUCUCCAUGGAGGCGCGCAAGACCGUCCUCGCCGACAAGAGCCGCUUCUUCGCCGAGAAGUUUCGCUGCGACGGCGCCUUCUCCCACUCCGUCGAGAUCAGCGACUGCGACGACGUCCAAGUCUACGUUGAGGCUGUCGUUUUGAUGCACUGCCAUGAUCUCAAGCUGCGCUUGCGCCAAAUGUGCCAAGGGGUUCCUAAAAUUUUGAGCUUGCUCAAGGUGUCAGCGGCUAUCAUGUUUGACUUGGGGGUUUUAUCGUGCCUUGAAUAUUUGGAAACUAUUCCAUGGACUGAGGAUGAACAGGAGGAAGUCAUGUCUCAGCUAGAACAUUUGCAGCUUCAUGACCCUGCAUCCGAAGUUCUUCUUAGAGUAUCAUCUGAUCCAUCUACUGCUGAUAGUGCUGAUGACAUCUUCUUGAACCUGCUAAGUGGUGUUCUACAAGCGAAAGACGACAAGGCUCGCAGGGAAAUGAAGGCUCUGCUGUCUAGGUUGUUUAAAGAGAAUGCAUCUAAUGAUAGCAGCAUACUUGAUGUGUCUAAAGACACACUCUAUCAUCUUUGCCACAAGUGCAUCAGUUCUCUUCUCCUAUGCCUGUCCGAAGCGACCCUGGACGGCGAUGAGAGGCCAGAUCGGGCGGUUAUAAUGGCCGACAUAACUCGCGAAGCUGACAACAUUCAGUGGAUUGUUGACAUUUUGAUUGGCAAAAAGAUGGGUGAUGAAUUUGUGAAAAUAUGGGCAGACCAGAAAGAGCUUGCUGCACUUCAUUCCAAGGUUCCAACGGUUUACCGGCACGAGAUCAGUAGAAUCACAGCGCAACUAUGCAUUGGGAUUGGAAGGGGACACAUACUGGUACCAAAAGAAAUUCGAUUUUCCUUGUUGUCGACAUGGCUAGAAGCUCUAUAUGAUGAUUUUGGAUGGAUGAGGAGAGCUUCAAGAGCUGUUGAUAAAAAAUUGGUUGAGGAUGGACUAAGCCAAACUAUUUUGACACUUCCUUUACUCCAACAGCAAACUGUGUUGCUCAAUUGGUUUGAUAGAUUUCUUAAUAAAGGAGAUGACUGUCCGAAUAUUCAGAAGGCUUUUGAGAUUUGGUGGAGAAGGGCCUUCAUCAGACAAUAUUCAGCUGAGCCUGAUAAUUCCCAGUUGCAAAUAGCUCUCUCUGAUUACCGAAGCUGAAAAGUAUGCAAUGGACCUUAAAAGAAAAGAGAUUAAUUCACAAUUGUAAAUAAGAAGUGCCAUUUUGCAUUUUUUUUUUCCCACUUUUGCUUUUGCUUGUUAUAAGCAAUUUGUAUUUUCAUUUUUGCCCAUUUCCUUAUUUAUACCCGAAAAUAGGUGAAAGCCGUGUAACCUGGACUCAGGGAAAGCUUUUAUUGAAGAUAAACAUUGAAGGGUAGGAGAAUUGGGGGGAAAUUUGUGAAAUAUGUAGAAGCAUUUGUUGUUCUUGCUAAAGGGAUGGAUUGAAAUGGUGUAAACUUUGCCCUUGUAUCGGAGGAAUAAAUAAAAUGAAUUUUGAGAAUUCAACACAACAAA